UUUGUUAUUUUAUUUAAAUUUUUUUUUACGAUUCUCAAACUCAAAUAAGUAAAUGUAUCAUUACUCGAUCCGACUUUAAAGUUUUGUAUUUUGUGGUUUUUAGAAAAUCCACUUUCCCAAGUCGGGCGUAUGCUAAUUUUUUUAUACAUACAAACACUUAAGAUUUUCACCAGGAUCAAGUGUUUCUAUUAAAUGUAAAACUGUAAAAUGUUAAAUACAUUUUAAUCUCAUCAGCUCAUCAGGAUAUCAAGUAUAUUUCUGUACAAUUGUAUGUUCUGACUGUAAUAAUGACAUCGUCAGAAGAUGUGCUCCUUCAAGUGGGGCCAGUACGGCAUAAGAAGGGCGAUGGGACAUUGUAUGUUAUGAGCCAACAUGUUGCAUUUAUUCUCAAUUCUAGCGAUACUGUUGCUAUUAGCCACCAUUAUAGAGAUAUUAAAAUGCAAAAAAUAUCAUCAGAGUUCAAAAACAAAGUUCAAUUACAGUUGGUGUUUCAUGAUGAAACAAUUUCACUAUUUCAAUUUACUAACUCUGAGAGGAGUGAAGCUAUGCGAGAUAGAAAUCGAGUUAAAGACUUAAUACAACAAUUACUGCCAAAAUAUCAAAAACAAGCAAAUAAAGAAUUUGGUGAAAAAAGCCGUAUUCUUGGUGAAAAUCGUAUGCUCUUUCAACUUUAUCAAGACCUAGUCAUUACCCAUGUCAUAACAUCCGAAGAAUUUUGGUCACAACAUGUCCCUUACCAUUUAGCUACUCAAUCCAAAGUAAUUACUCAAAAAACGGGUGUACCUAACAAUUUUCUUACCAAUGUUACGGUCAAAAGUGAUGGUACAAAAAAAUUCAAUUUAUCCAAUGAUACCAUUCAAUGUAUCUUUAAAACAUAUCCAGCAGUUCGACAAAAACAUAUAGAGUAUGUACCUCAUCAAUUAACUGAAUCAGAAUUUUGGCAAAAGUUCCUAGAGUCACAUUAUUUUCAUAAAGACCGCAUUACUACAGGAAGUACAAAAGAUUUAUUUAAUGACUGUGCCAAAUUGGACGAUAAUUUAUUUAAAAAUGAAAUUAAAGAUUUAUCUAAAAAUAAUACAGAUUGUUAUGUUGGGUCAAUUGAAGAUGAUGGAUCUGAUGAUAAUAUAAAUUCUAUAUCUGAAGAAAAAUCUUCAAUGGCCAAUAUUGUACACGAAAAUAUUAUUAAACGUUUUAAUCAACAUUCAAUGAUGGUUCUUAAAACAUGUGAAAAAUCUAAUUUAAAUUCUAUACCUAAUGGAAAUGAUUUAAAAGUCCCAUCUAAUUCAUCUCAUAUAAAUGGCACACCAGAUACUGCAUUAAAGAGAUUGAGAAUUCAAGAAAAAAAUGAUUUUGUAGAUCUUAAUCCAGAAACAGAAACUUUGGAUAUUAAUCAAAAGAAAUUAAAAUUAUCUAGAGUAGAAAGUUAUGUAAAUUGUCUAACAAGAGAACAUAAGCAUGAUAAUACUGCAUCCAAACUUUCUAAAGCAAGGGAAGUGCAGAAGAGUAUUAUUUAUGAUGUUUAUGAAUGGAGCAAGUCAACUUCAAAUCAAGUUAUUGAACCUAGUGCAGCUGUUAACACUCUUGGUUUACUUACACCAGGAGGAAGUUUAAUGAAGGGAAUCAGUGAUGAAUCUGCUUCAUUAGCGCAGUUGGUACCAGUUACAGUUGAAAAAGAUUUGCGGCAGUUGUAUGUUUCUUUAGGAGAAUUAUUAAGACAUUUUUGGUCAUGUUUUCCUGUAACAACACCUACGUUAGAAGAAAAACUAUUAAAAACUCAUGAUUCCUUACAAAAAUUUCAAAAUGCUAAAAUCAAGCCUUUUGAAGACCAAAUAAUUAUAAAUCAUGGUCAAUUAAAUCAACUCACAAAUCAUUUAAAUUUAAUGUUACAUACUGCCUACAAUAAAUUUUCUGUUUGGCAUUCUAGACGAAAAAUACCUAAUAUUCUUUGACGAGCAGUUCAUCGUAUGUUUUUGUAUUUUAUAUAUUAAAUGUGCAAUGAGACAUUGUUAGAGUGUUAUAAUCUAAAAAAAACAUUAAAUAUUUUUGGUAAAAUGUUUUAAAAUAUAAAAUUAAUAAAAAAAAUCUAUGAUGCCACUACAUCAAUGAAUAACGUACGAUCAAUAGUUAUUAAGAAUUUAUUUUUCUAGAUAUAAGAUACCUUUGAUAUAAUUAUUCUGUGCUUGAUACCCUAUAUAGUAUUUAGGGGUGAAGGGUUAGAAAACAAGGGUAAUUUUAAUAAACAAUAACUUGUUUUUAUUAAUUUGAAUGAAUUCAGAAUUAUAAUUUACUAUAAAUAUUACAAUGAAUAUGUGUACUAUAAACAUAACAUAAUUGACAGUAAUUUAAUUAUAUUCUUAAGAAAUGUACUGAUAAUAAAUAUUUAUUGUUCAAUUCCUAUUGUCUAAGUUAAAAAUAUUUAAUUAUACAAUUGUAUCUAUUGUUAACCAAACUAUUUCAAUGUAAAAUUGUUUUUCAGUUAUGCAAAAUACAUGCAUUAUUAUUUUUUGUUA